AUGGAAAAGGUAGGCCCUGAGGAAGAGAAAGAUAAUGUUCCAGGGACAAUACACUUAGUGGACGUUGAGGGAUUCUUGAAUGUGGAGAAGAAAGAGGGCUCUGGUAACAAUAUUAUAUUACAUCCAAAACCAAGUAGUAAUCCAAAUGAUCCUUUAAGAUGGCCAAAAGUUAAAAAGAACUUUCAAUUUGUUUUGUUGAUUACCUGGGCUUUUAUGCAAUCGGUGUCCACAGUGUGGAUGGGCCCUGUGUACGACAUCUGGACUGUUGAGUUUGACUGUACUUACCUGCAACUUAACAAUUCGGCUGGUAUUCUCUUUGCAUGUAUUGCCAUUGGGUGUGUAACAUUGCAGCCCUUGGCAUUAAAGUUCGGUAAAAGGAUCGUAUAUUUGAUAUGCACCUUACUUGAAAUAGUAGGUAAUGCGUUAUAUCUUCAUGGUACUAUUGGUUCUCUUUAUGGAGCUUCUGCUAUUGUGGGCUUUGCCUCUUCGCCGAUGUUUUCGUUAAUUGAGAUUUCUAGUAUAGACAUAUUUUUCCAACACGAGAGGGCAGACAAAGUGUCAUACGUCGUUUUUGCGCUUUACGGAGGUGUCGCUCUUGGACCGCUUGCAGCUGGAUUUAUCACUGAAGGUGCUGGUUGGAAAUGGUCACCGUAUAUUUUGAUUAUUAUUUUUGGAACAUUAUUUUUCCUUCAGCUUUUCUUAAUGGAAGAUACAACAUUUGAAAGAGAUGACGAGAGCGAAGAGCUAGAGACAAACAUUUUACAUCAAAUCAAAUCUCAUGAAACCUUGAUGUCGGGAAAUAUACAAGAGGAGAAGAGCAAAAUAACGAAGGACCAGGUCGCAUUAAAGGUGAUGAAGUCUGUGGAUUCAAGUAUCCCAGAGAGAACAUAUAUGCAAAGAAUGCAUUUGAUUGAAACUGAAUACAGUGAUAAGAGAGGCUGGGCUAUUGUAUUUUUUAAGCCAUUUUUACUCUGUAGUUUGCCAGCAGUGGUCUGGUGUGGUAUACUUCAGUCCAUUCAACAAAUGUGGUUGACGUUCCUUUUGAAUACACAAUCAUUGUUCUUUGCGCUGCCUCCCUAUAAUUUCAGCACAGGUAUGGUUGGAGUGACGAAUCUAGCAACCUUUGUGGGCACAAUAUUAGGAAUGUUUUAUGGCGGAAGUCUAGUUGACAUAAUGACGAUUUUCUUAGCAAAAAGAAACAAUGGUAUUUUGGAGCCAGAGUUCCGUUUGUGGAACACAUUUAUUCCAUUGCUCAUCAACGGAGGUGGGUUACUUGCUUACGGCUUAGGUAUAUCAUAUGGGGCUCCUUGGGGUAUACCCGUAUGUAUUGGUCAAGGUUGUUUAGGCUUUUCUAUGGCAUCUAUGACAGGAAUUGCGUAUACAUACUGUUCCGACUGCUAUCCAAACUUAGUCGAUGAAAGUGUUGUUAUGAUUUCCUUCAUUAAUAAUGGUCUUGCAACUGUUUUCACCUUUUUCAUAUCCGAAUGGAUGGACAGAGAUGGUAUCAAUUUAAUGACGUAUUUAAUGUUCAUGAUUAGUCUUGUCUUGAAUGGAAGUUGUUUUAUUUUCAUUUUUUUCGGAAAGAAGUUUAGACGCCUUACAAAAAAUAAUUAUUAUAGAAUAAGUGAUUUGGGUAAAGUCACGAAGUGA